AUGCAGGCCGAGCAGGUGCAGCGCUCGCUGCCCUUUCAACCGUUUCCGCUCCAGUGGAGGGUCGACCAGGGCCUCUACCGCUCCGAAAUUCACCUCAACUUCGUCGGUCAAGGUUGGUGGGAGGACGAGUCGAACACGCUGCUUCGGCGCAACUUUGCGAUCCCCGAUUCCAAUAUGUUCGUGACCACCUUCAUCCUGUCCGCCCUGCUCGAGGCGGCAUCGUUGGACGCCAUCGAGUUGGCGCCCGAUGACCAGUCGUUCCACCUGGCCCUCGAUGCCGUGCUGUCGUUCAAGGACAAGAACCGACCCGCCGGCGUGCCCGUCUAUUCGUUCUGGCCGCAGGAGAAGAUCAACGGCACCUGGGCCGCCAACCCGUUCGUUGCCGAGAUCUUCAAAUCGGUGGGCCUCGAAGGCUUUUACGAGGAGUGCGUCUCGAUCGAAUUUGCGGCUGUGGUGCUGGAGGGCUAUAUCAAGGCCUACCACAUUCCGGCCGACCUGGACGACUCCUCCGUCAACAUGGCCCUGGGCGGCAUGCUCGCCGCGCAGCGCGACAAGUUCCCGCAGGCCUACGCCAAGUGGGAGGCCGUCAACUCCAACGUCACCGGCCUCUUCGAGCUCAUCAACAAGUUCACGGACCUGAUCGACCCUCGCUCGUACUACUUCAUGCACCCGUUCCUGGCCCAGCUCUCGCAGCCCUCCCUCGCGCUCGGCUGCACUUGGCUCAUGGACCUGGUGGGCGACAACAAGACGUCGGGCGUCGUGGGCAUGCCGUUCCACGUCAACAACGUCGACAUGACGGUCAUCUCCAACUUCCUGUAUGGCACCUCGCAGGCGGUGCUCGAGGAACUCAACGGCGGGGCCGCGAAGCAGUACUUCAUCAGCCACCCCGACUUCCAGCAGGUUUACGAAAACUCGGCCCAGGCCAUAAGUUGGGCGAUUGAAACGGGCGCUGCGGCGGCCCGGCCUGACAUCUCGCUGCUCUACUACCCGUCGAUCUACGACUUUUUGUGGAUGGCCGCCCGCACGGCGCGCUACCUCAACGCCAAAGGAAGCGCCACGAAUGCCAUUCCCACUCUGGCGAGGGCGAAGGACCGACUGACGGCGGCGUUGAAGGACGCGGGCACGCAGCAGAUUCUGGCCUCUGCCCACUACGACUCCGUCGGCGCCUACUGGGACGACUUCCUCGGUGACUACGGCCAAGUGGAGCGCGGAGAGGACCGCCUCUUCAGCACCGCGCUCGCCAUCAACAUGCUCAUCGACGUGUGGAGCGUGCCCUCCACUAACGGCUCCGGCUGCAAGCUGCAAUGGGCCAGGGAUGUGCCGGAGACUAUCGCGCCGCUGGUGAGCGGCGGCAUUGCCUAUCUGCGUCGGUACCUGCUCUCCGGCGAAUUCGAGCUCGGCAACGCCUUCUUCUCGGGGUCCAUGAAGGGAGACACCACAGCGCCAUGGAGCUACCCGGCCACCUACUCCCAUCUCCGGAACGGGACGGCGCUCGACCCGAUCACUGGCGCGUUGCCCGACGACGCCCAGGACUGGUUCAACCUGGUGUACGGCAUGAAGGGCGUGGUGCCGGACAGCACCUACCGGAAGAUGACUGACCUCAAGUGGUGGGGCAAUUCGACCCCGAAGCAGUUCUUGGGUUUCAACGCCCCCGGCUCGGCGUGGCCGUACUGGUCGUCACCCGCGAUGACCUACGCCAUGUCGCUCAUCGCCCUGGCCAACUUCCAAGCCCUCCAGCAGUGCCCCAUCUCCUGA